AUGCGUCGAUCAGCUCUGCGGACUGUUCAGUCUGUUGGGCCUCUGGUUCAGAGCCAGCGAACAGCGACCAGACGGUUCGCAAGUGCUGCGGAUGCUAUAGCCAAGGACCCUGCCGAAUUCGACCAAAUAACAACCCUUCCUAAUGGCAUCCGUGUUGCAUCGGAAUCUCUCCAGGGACCUUUCUCUGGAGUUGGCGUGUACGUCGACGCUGGAUCGCGAUACGAAGAUGAUAGCAUUCGCGGAGUCAGUCACAUCAUGGACCGUCUAGCGUUCAAGUCGACGAAAUCGAAAAGCGGAGAUGAAAUGCUCGAAGCUCUGGAGUCGCUGGGCGGGAACAUACAAUGCGCCUCGUCUCGGGAAUCGUUAAUGUAUCAGUCGGCCAGCUUCAACUCGGCGGUUCCGACGACGCUCGGCUUGCUGGCUGAGACUAUUCGCGAUCCCCUAAUCACAGAAAAGGAAGUGGAGGAGCAGUUGAUGACGGCCGAAUAUGAGAUAAACGAAAUAUGGAGCAAGCCCGAGCUUAUCUUGCCUGAACUUGUUCACAUGGCCGCAUUCAAGAACAACACGCUGGGAAACCCUCUGUUAUGCCCGGAAGAGCGACUGUCGGAGAUUAACAAGGCGGUUGUGGAAAAGUACCGGGCUGCGUUUUUCAAACCGGAGCGUAUGGUGAUUGCAUUCGCCGGUGUUCCACAUGAGAAUGCCGUCAAGUUGACGGAGCAGUAUUUUGGCGACAUGCAAUCACAACACAAGGGACCGAGUCUCCAAGGAAAAGGCAUUGAGACCACCCUUUCAAACGAUCCGGUCGCCCAAAAGGAGGGCGAAUUGCCUACCGUUCCUCUAUCCACCGCAACCGCUAAUGUGUCCAGCAACGUGCACACGGAAAAGACUCAAUCGUCCAUUCUGACAAAACUUCCAUUCCUGAAAAACCUAUCCUCGUCCGCCCCACGUCAAGAAAUAGCAAAGGUCCUUGAUCCCUCCGCUCUCGAACUGUCGACACUCGACUUUCGUCGUCCGGCUCACUACACCGGCGGAUUUUUAUCGCUGCCCCCAAUUCCACCUCCCGCAAACCCCAACCACCCUCGUUUAAGCCACAUCCACCUUGCAUUCGAGGCUCUCCCAAUCUCAUCGCCGGAUAUCUAUGCGCUCGCAACGCUGCAGACAUUGCUCGGCGGAGGCGGUUCGUUCUCGGCCGGCGGCCCCGGAAAGGGCAUGUACUCUCGCCUAUACACCAAUGUACUGAACCAGCACGGCUGGGUCGAAAGCUGCAUUGCAUUCAACCACAGCUAUAUAGACAGCGGUAUCUUUGGCAUCUCGGCUUCGUGCAGUCCGACUCGCACCCCGCAAAUGCUCGAAGUGAUGUGCCGGGAGCUGCAGGCCUUGACGCUGGAAAACGGGUUUUCUGCGCUUCAAAUGCAGGAAGUCAACCGCGCCAAGAACCAGCUGCGAUCCUCACUGCUGAUGAACCUGGAAUCGCGCAUGGUCGAGCUGGAGGACCUCGGCCGCCAGGUCCAGGUCCACGGGCGCAAGGUCGGGGUGAAGGAGAUGUGCGAGCGCAUUGAAGCGCUGACAGUCAAGGAUCUGCGCCGUGUCGCCAGUCAGGUAUUUGGCGGUCUCAUCCGCAAUGCAGGCGAAGGCACUGGAAAGCCGACAGUAGUGAUUCAAGAAGGCGAGCUCGAAGGCUACAAGCUGCGCCCGUUCCCAUGGGAGGACAUUCAAGAGCGCAUUUCGCGGUGGAAGUUGGGCCGAGUAUAA